AUGGAGGUCCGCUCACAUCGGCUCAUAGACAGCUUUAGGACACUCUCCGAUGCGUCCUUGGCGGGCAGCGAGGAGUAUGACCCCACGCAGCCGCUGCUGGUCGAGGGCAACACUCCGACUAGCAAGCCGCCGUCACGCCUCUCGCGGCUAGGGCUGCCGCCGCGCGAGGAUGGCCCUGGCACCCUGCCCGUCAUCUCGCUGGAGGACUCGCCUUCCACCACACCCGGCAGCAGCAUCCUCGUCAGCGUGAUCAUCCUGGCGAAGACGAUCAUGGGGGCGGGCAUGGCGGCGCUGCCGCACGCCUUUGAGAUGCUGGGCCUGCUGACCGCGGGCGCCUUUCUGCUGCUUGUGGCCUACAUGACACACUUCACAAACCAGUCCCUGGCGCUGGGCACCGUGGUGACAGGCCACAUGAGCUACCCAGAGGUUGUGCGCGUGCUGUGCGGCAAGCCCGGCUCGCUGCUCCUGCUGCUCUCCCUGGUCUGCCGCUGCGCCGGCCUCAUGAUCAUUUAUAUCAUCAUCUCAGCAGACGUGCUGGCGGGGCACCCCGGCUCCCCGGGCCUGGUGUGCGACCUGCUGGGCGCCGACGGCAGCGGCUGGUGCGGCAACCGCCAGCUGGCGGCGGGCACGGUGGCAGCGCUGUGCAUCGCGCCGCUCGUCACGCCCAAGCGCCUCUCCUCCACAGUCAUCACCAGCUGGAUCGGCAUGGUGGCGGUGGGGACGUGGGUUGUGGUGACGGCGGCGCUGGUGGGGGCAGCGGCGGUGCAGGGCAAGGCGUUCACAGUCUUCUGGCUGCCCGAUCCCGAUGCCUUCAGCGGCGGUAUGCUGCAGGAGGUGACCCAGAUCGUGGCUGUGCUGCCGGUGCUGGGCACAGCCUACACCUGCCAGAUGACCAUCCACCACAUCAUGAGGGAUCUCAAGCCCUUCACCGAGCGCCGCGUGACUGUGAUGUCGGCUGCCGCCAUCACCAUCUGCACCCUCUUCUUUUUGUCAGUCGCCGUUGGUUCCCAGGUUGCCUUUGGGCCCUCCAUCCCCGCCGACGUGCUCACCCUGUUCAACGCCAAGAACCUGGAGCCGCUGGUGGGCGCCGCCUGCGGCCGCGCCUUCUACAUCCUCGUGCGCCUCGGCUUCCUGCUGUCCGUCAUCACCAUCGCCCCCUCCCAGGCAAGCAAGCGCUGCGCCGGCCUGAUGGCUCCGUACCGGGAGAGCCUGUCGCGGCUGCUGGCGGGGCGGGAGCUGCAGGGCGCUCCCAACUACCUGGUUACCUACCUCUCCCUGGCCCUCUUCUACCUCAUAGCCAUGCACAGCGGCAGCAUCUGGGUGCCUAUCCAGUUUGUGGGCGCCACCGCGGGAGCGCUGAUUGCGUUCAUCUUCCCGGCCCUGGUGGCCUUGAAGGCGCUCAAGGGGAGGGACCCUGUGGGCUACUGGCAGUGGAAUGCGUGGGCGCUCAUCGUACUGGGCGUGCUGCAAGCUGUGGCCGGCGUGGCUGCGGUGCUGUUCUUUUCUGACAAAGGCCACAAUGCCAGCGGCAGCGGGCUGAUGGCAUACCUGUUCUGA